AUGCGCGUUAGUACCCUGAACAAAGCGCCACUGGGCUUGUUGGCCCUCUUCGCUACCUCGACGGACGCCUUCUGGCGCAUGAUGUGUCCUAGUCGACUCGUACAAGAACGGGCAGAUCCUAUUAUAAACCCCGGUGCUGUCGCAUCGCAUGUGCAUACGAUCUCUGGAGGAAACGGGUUCGCUCUGUCGAUGGACUACGAUAAGGCCCGAUCCUCGGAUUGCUCGAGCUGCCCUAUCAAGCAGGAUCUUUCCAACUACUGGACACCGAAACUGUAUUUCCACGCUGAGAAUGGGAGCUUCAUCAGCGUUCCCCAGGUGGGAGAUCAAAAUGGCAACCAGGGUGGAAUGACGGUGUAUUACUUCCAACGCGGUGGUCCCAACAACGACAAAAUCAAAGCUUUCCCCAAGAACUUCCGCAUGCUUGCCGGCGACCCGUACAAGCGUAACUUCAGCCAUGAUUUUGCGUCGCAGGCCGUGAGUUUCGUCUGUCUCGAUUACAAUGGACCUCCGAGACCGGAGACCAACGGAUUCCCCAACUAUAACUGUCCCAACGGCCUCCGCGUGCAGAUCUUCUUCCCGUCGUGCUGGGAUGGCAAGAACCUCGAUUCAGAUGAUCACAGGUCUCAUGUCGCGUAUCCUGAGUCCGGGGCAUACAACAACGGCGCCUGUCCUAAGAGUCAUCCUGUUCAUUUGGUUUCCAUCUUCUUCGAGGUUAUCUGGGAUACAAACCAGUUCACGGGCCAAUGGUACGGUGAUUCGCAGCCUUUUGUGCUUGCGAAUGGUGAUCCAACUGGGUAUGGAAUGCACGGAGAUUUCGUCAACGGAUGGGACGUCGACGUGCUCCAAACUGCCGUGGACAACUGCUUGAAUGACAGCGGUAAUCUGGAGGACUGCGUCCACGAGGAUGGAAGUCACGUCUUUAAGUUCUUCUCGGACGAGGAGUGUCAGAAGUGUAAGCUUGACUCUGUGAUUGAAGAGGAGGUCGAUGGUAUCUUCGACCAGCUUCCUGGUUGCAACCCCUUGACUAGUGGGCCUGAUGCCGCUCAGCCUGCUGAGAACUGUGAGAAUCCUGCCAUUAAGGGGGCGUCCGAGCAGAUGGUUCGACGACACCUUGAUAUGCAUAGACAUGGUGCGCAUCACAAAGCUGCACAUUAA